CUUUUGUUUGUCUUGUCCCAGUGCGAAUUUGACCCUCCAGCGUGGCGGUUUUGUUAUGUACCACGCGAAUGGCUUGCUGCAAAGGGCGUAUUACUUUUCAUCUAAUGAUAUUCAGAGAUCAUUGUUAAGAACUGUUUUAGUCAAAACAAGUCUUUCCCAUAAACAAGUUAACAAAGGUCGCUGAUGAGCUAGUCGAACUAGGUCGCAAGCACUCACAGAAUUAAGCUUGACUUGCACAAUGAAAACGUCCACUUUGCUUCUUUUUACAGCUUUUCUUGUCUUUUGCACAGGCCCUAACAGCACACAGGGGAGAACAGAGGGUAAGCUUAUUUAAUUCAAUUGAUUUAAUUAAUGUUUAUCCAACAACACUCUGGACUUUUGCUGACUCCCUGAUAUUGGUUUUGAGGGUGCGGCUAUUUUACACGACUUUACUUAAAGGGAACUUGAACGACAGUUUAGUUCGACAGAAGACUUCAGAUGCAUUACAUGUAUGAAAGUCACUGGCGAGGAUCGUUCACAUGAUAUAUAGUGAAAGCACCCACUAGCUGGCAUGGUAUAUUCAUGAUUUGUAGCCAACUAAAACGGUUACGUUAUCAGUGCGGAUAGAAUACUCCGUCUCUUCUUGCUGUUACUCAUACUUUCCGGCACCCCGACGCCUAUUAUUUCUUCCACGUGUUCCUUGACACUCAGAAUUUCCCCCAGAAGUUACCAAAUACAAGGAGAGAUUAAGAUCUCAGGAGUUUUAGUUCCAUAAAGACGUGAGACUGACUUUUAAAUGCGCCAUCAUGUAGAGCUGAAAGAAACUUGAUUGCUAGUACCCUGCGAGCAGAGUCUCCUUCGAUCUUCCUAUCGAAGGAGACUCUGCUCGCAGGGUAGAUUGCUAGUAGCAGCAGUAGCUCAGUACUCAUCAGCGUUUGGCUCCGAUCAUGAGUUGAAUGAUUGAUGUUAAAAACGGGUAGCGACGUGUAUCAGGAUUUGAUGGAGGUUAUGCAGUAACUGUAAAUCAAAAGUAUUUAUUUGAUCAGGUCCAAAUGUUGUAUAGAUUGGAGAAAGUUUUGGUCGACCGAGCUUCUAUGAAUGUAAUUCAAGUUGCUUUCUCUGCUUAUUUGAAAUACGCUUCUAGAAAUGUCACGAUGGCACUUCAUAAUUGCACUUGUUCCUUUUGUUCAUCCGUAAAGCAUUAAUAACAUUUAGGUCUUUUUGUAUGACUUAAUUUGUAAAAAUAUGUAUAAAUCGUAGUACCCCUAAAAGAAACAUGCUUAGUCCAAUUACUAAUAAAUAAUUAAAAGAAGGUAAAGUCACCCAACUAGCUAAAUUCGAGUCGGUAAAUGAUAAGCAACAGGGGCACCCAACGUCAAUUUUCGGAAAAAUAUCUGUUCGGAAGACAAUCUGAGAUCUAGAAUGUUCGGAACAUUUGUUGUAAAAUUUCUUGCUUGCCUGCCUCUCCUAGAAUUUUCGAACAUCUAAAAAAUGGUAUAAUUGCCCAUUUUUACCCUAAAAAGAUCACCUAGAAUUUCAGUUCGGAUCACUAGACUUUCAGCUAGGAAAUCCGAACAGAUGAAAAAUUUUUAGGGGAUAAAAAUAUGCUAAUAUCUACUGUUUAAAUACUAAAAUACAUUUAACAAUGCUAUUUUUAUGUAGUUUUGAACUAUAUUCUCGUUGGGUGCCCCUGAAGCAAUACACGCCAGGGCAUGUUGCACGGAUAACCUAAGGGUUUAUUAUAGUCAUUAUAUGCAAAACGUAAUUUAUCUGAAAAAACGAGUCAGUUAAGAACCCACACAGCUAUUUACAGUGUAUUCCGAGCGGAGAAAGAGCGAGAAAUCAACUUAGACCACAGUGUGUUUGGCUAUUGUGGACAUGUUGGGUUGGUUUGAAUGACAGGUGGUGACGUGGACCACGUGUUUUAGAAGUUUUUAUCACCAAGUACACCAUCUGGCUUCUGACAAGUGCCCUUGUCAAGAUUAUGAUUGUAUUAUUUCAUUAUGAUCGGGAAGGGGGAGGGAGGUAAUAUGUCAGUGAGCAUAACCGUUCUAUUCUAGCAUUGAGGAAAUACAUAAACAAAGCUAGAGGCCGUUUUUCUUUCAAUUCUGUGUGUCGGCAGAGAAAUAACAAUCUCUAUAUAUGGCAGCUGACUAGAAAAACUCAACCUCGUCCCCAGGGCUUCACCCUAAAAAAUGGGUGGGGCGCCCGACCCAGUUUUUAAGGGAAAAGCCCUGGGGACGAGGUUGAGAAAAACGAAACAGAGUCUUUUUAAAGUUCUCACAUGAAACUUUUAAACUUAGAGCGUGGAACAAGCUGGGAAUUUCUCCCGCUGGUCCUGAAACGAGCGGUAAAAGGUUCCUUUUUGGCCAUAAUAAAUCCUUAUCGACAAAGCUUAUUCCUUCAAGGUGACUGGAUAUUGGCCUCACGUUUUUAUUGACCUCGACUUCUUCUCGCUCCAUAAACACUCAAAAAAGAACUAUAUCCGGCUAUCUUGACCUCCCGAGUGCCAUGGUCAGUAAUGCAUAUGUGGUACAUCUUACCGCCAAUCAGAACACAGGAUUAGCUUCAUCUUGCUCACUUGCUCGCACAUUCAACCUUACAUUAAACACACUUAGCGACGGAUCUGGAGUACACUGUAAAUCAGAAAGAUCUGUUUUAGCCCUAAAAAUGAGGUUGUUUUGGUGAGUAAAAUACAGUCCUAUUUUUGUGUCUAAUUUGGCUCCCUUAAAUCAGGGUCAAUAAAGUCCAAUUAUCCAGGGCUGAUUUGGACCCCAGCGUGGGCUGGAAUAGCUCCAGAAGUGGUUUGAAUUGGCACUUUGGGGCUGAAACAGCUCCUUUUAAUUUUCAGUGUAGUCUGGGUUCAAGUCUUCGCUUCGCGUUUGUCCCUUUCAGUCUUUCAUCAAUAACUUUGCUCCAUUUUUUCUCUCUUCACCCGGGGGUACUUGGUUAUGGGCAACGUACUGCUAAGGGAAACCCUGUAAUCUUCUAACUUCUCAUCCAGGGCGGGGGGGGGGUAGAAACAAUCAUAGAUUCUCCUCCAGCAAAAAAAAAAAAAAAAGUUAACUUCCGGACGUGUUGGCCUUGUGCAGGUCUAAAAGGUGUCUGUCUUAUAGGUAAACGAGAAACGGCUUUUUAUUUUUUCAGGGCUUGUGAAUGUUGACAUCACAGUGAGCACUAGCAAGCUGAAUGAAACCAAACAGUUUUACACCAAGUUCUUGAAAUUUCAAGUGGUGAAGGAAACCCCAGGAUUUAUCUCCUUUUCGCCUGGACCAGGUUGUGGAAAAAUCUCUACUUUUAAUACUACUUACAGUGCUUAGCUAAGAUUUUUAUCAGACUGGCUGUAAUAAAGGCCAAGGUCACAAAAUUAUAAACAGAGGUAACACAGAUGAGAAAUUGUCGUGUUGAAUAAUUGCAGCUCGUUAAGAAAAUAUCUACUUAUUCGUGUUUCAAAAACAGAAAGAUUUUGCUCAAUACUUGCACGUUUGAUCGGCCCGGCUUACUCUAAGCAGAAUUUCACCAUCAAUAUCAAACUGAACUAAGGCAUACACACAGAAGAAUGGUUAUGAAAACCACAUAAAACGUACUUUCGGUCCUUAAACCAGAAUUUUAAUGGUGACACUUUUUUUCAAUGGUCAAUUUUAAAUAUAUUGACUGACCAUCUUGAUAAUAAACAGUUAAAUUUGCGUUUUUUGGUUUUGCUACGCGCCUCACAGAUCAAUCGUGUGCGAUCCACUCAUUUGCCAAUCUUCUUUCAUUACAGGUGUGGCUUAUCUUGACUUUGUCGUGGAGGGUGCAGAACAUGCAUGCGCUAGACCUCAGCUGGCCAAAAAUUUCGCGGGCAAAGGCAUGUUCCUUACUUACAAUCUGGGAGAUGUGGAUGCUGCGUGCGCGGCGUUUACACAGGCAGGUUAUCCAUUGGCAAUGCCAAUUAAAACUGAGACCUGGUUUGAACGUCACUGCUACGUCAUAGAUCCAAAUGGGAUACCGUUGAAUUUGGCCCAUUGGAAUCACACUCCAGCCGAGCCUACAGGUAAAAAGUAUCCAUUGAAGGCUACAAGAUAAUAGUCUCUUACUUCUAUGCUCUUACGAGAGAUGCACUGCAAAGCGCCGAUCCUUGCGUCAUCAUUUAUUUAAUCACUUUUUAGAGCCUUACUGCCGCCCAGGUUCUGUUUUACGUCACAUUUUUCUUGUAGACUAGCGUUGAUGGGAAAAUGACUGUUCUGCAUUUGAACACUAGCGCACAUCUCGUAUGAAAUCGAAUCUUGUUUACGAACUUGAAGCGGAGGUAGACAUAUCUACAAAAAAUUGCUGCGCAGUAGUCUAAAUCGUAAAUUGUAUAUAGUUGCCAGUUUGAGAUAUCCUUACAAAUGAACAGACGGGAAGAGCCUGUGGAAUAUCACAAGGGUUGUACAGUUGUCAAUUGAUUGUGUCGUUAAACUUAACUUAAACAGGAGCCCAUGUUACGGCUGCUAAUCAAAACCGAAGAGAUUUAUUUAGCGGACAAAAAUAGACUGCUUAAGAGGAGGAAGAUAAACAGAAUUAAUCAGAAGGCAUGAGGGCGCGUCAUGAUAGCCUCUAACUCUGAUUGGCUAAUGAAAAAGCUUGGCAAGGGAGACCGUUUACUUCAGUCUUUUCUUUGUUAAUAACAGGUGUCAGCAGUAUGGCAUUUUAUUACACCUCGCAUGACUUGCUAGAGAUACAAAAUUGGUACAGCAAUAACUUGAACAUGACCGUGGAAAGAGGAGUGGACUGGAUUGGAUGGGUGAUAACGCUGAUCGCCGCAAAUGGCACUGUGGAGUUUCGGCCAUUCCAUCCACGAAACAUGACCUACAACCCAGCCUCCUUCAUUCCUCAUUUGCUGGAAGAGUUUGACGGACACGGCCUGUCUUACACCUUCAACUUUAAUACUUCACUUGAGGUCGACAGGUACGCUUGUCUAUAAAGACAUUAGACUUUGUUUUACGCUUUAGCUUGUGCAAUAUAUGAUGUUAGAAUUAAGAUCUCAAUGCACGCGAGCACUGGAUUAGAAUAGUCAGUCAAGCACGUGUUUUGUAUAGGAUUUCCAGGAGUAUAGUUUUGAAAGACACUCAUCUCGAUAAUGGACAUCUAGAAAAAUGCUUUUUAACUGAGUGUAAGACAAGUUGUGCGAGGCUUUUUAGAUUUCUCUCGGAUUAGCUCAUAUGUCGUGUACUUCGGAAGUUUUCACUCUGUUUACCAGGGGUUCUUACUCUCAUUAAGAGAUUUUACUCACAGAUUUCGGUCUGGAAUUUUUUCUUUGGAUUCCCUUCACACCAACAUAUGAGGAAUAUUAAAUUUUUCUCAUUCAUUAAUAGAGUAGCUUGCAAAGCAGGCGUAUUUUGCAGUGCCCUCGUCCUUGCCCGCCCCUCCUACCUUAGUUUUCCAGUUGCUUUUAUGAUGGCGGCCAUGAUCACUGUACCUCUAGGUCGCGCUUUCGUUAAAAAAAAAAAAAACGCCUGCUUUGCAGCCUAUUAAUAGGGCGGAAAAUUUACUACCUGUACUGUUUUAUCACGCAUUGCACUUGCGUCUGAUUGGUUCUUUGGUGCUUCGUCGCUAACUGUAUUUAGCUAAGCUAAUCACUUUGGGUUGGGUUUUACAACAUUUUCGAUCUUUAACACCCUAUUACUGGUAGUAAUCUGACCGUAUUUUGGGUGGUCGUUGGCUUAGCAGGAGAGAUUCGUUGUACAUCAAUAUCAGGUAAUCAUAAUCAAUCAAAACAAAAACCUUCUUUUAUCGAUCUCUGUUCGUCUCUAGAUGGUGCCAGUUCCUGCAAGAUCGCAAUCUAACCUGGACACGCCCGCUAGGCUGGGUGGGAGGCAACAGGCGCUGUGCGGUGGACGAUCCCAACGGUGUGCUUAUUAACAUCGCCACACCCGGGUGGAAUGAGUAUGAAGAGGAGGUUAACUGCUCCCAACUAUUCCCUAACGAAUCCUCGUCCACUCCACCCUUUUCUAACGCAACCUCGUCCCCUGGGAAUAAGGGUGACCCUAAGGGUGAGGGGGAAAUACAACGAGGGUGUGUUAUUACCUUGAUUACAGCUCUCGUGCUAUCGCUGUUAUUUCCUCUGUAGGUCAUUAGAAACCUACGAUAAGUUUGCAGUUAUUCUGGAUAGAUACAUUAGCAAGUAAUGUAGUACAUGUAUUGGAAGUAUUUAGUUUAUAAAAGUAAUGCCAGCCGCCCUUCACUCCUCAUAGUAGGGAAAUCCGAAUCUCACCAAAAAAAAAUAAACAUUUGAUUUCAUUGUGAAAUGAUGCCAGACCAAGAGAAAGGAUUUCCUCCACUGCCUUACAUUUUAAACGUCAGAUUUGUUUAGUUACAAAUCCCUAAUAAGUAUUAGGAAAACCAACUAUGUCAUCCACUGAAUAGAAACUUAUCCAGUAGAUAACGUUAUCCCUCUUUUGUAACAACUGGGGCCUGAACCUUUUCAAGAUUACAUACCGCCGAAAGUACAAUUCCAUCAAGAACGUCUUUCGACCAAAGCGUUUGGUGUUCUUGCGCACGCAUGCAUUGGUUUUCGAUUGAAAACGUUAUUGUAGGAUGUCUAAAGAGAAACAAAUCAUUGUAUUCUUUCUUUAUAAAAAGCCUGGCGGCAUGCAUGAGGCGGGCGGGGGGGUCCUAAAAGGACUAGUCAUGUGGGCGGCUGAAGGAAACAUUUUUAUUUAGUUAAAGAGCAAUCAGGAGACACCUUUUGACUAAUUAUUAUCUACAAAAAUUGACAUAAAUAAACAGCACCUUAGUUGCAGUGAAUGUUUCAAAUAGUUGGCGUUCUAGCACUUUUAGUUCAGUUACCUGUAAACGCAGUCUAGCCUUUACCUAUUGUUUUAAUUCGUCUGAUCCAGGAUGAUACUGUGAGAUCAAGAGCAAGCUUUACAUAGUAAAAUUACUAAUCGCCA